UCCCAGGUUGCCAACCAACUUGUGUGAUCACGUUAGCCGGAUUACGUUAGGCGACCAACGAAAGCACGUGAUGUCCAUAGUCAUUAUGGAAAUUGAUAGUCAAUGUGCAGAUUGAUAUUAGGCAAGUGAUAAAAUCUUCAGAAAAAGUUAUUAUCCAGCAAUAUUCUAUUUAUCUAUAUGAAAUUUAUCCUAUGGAAAGAAAAGUGUGCAAUGGAAAAUUCAUAGAUUAUACUGAUCCAUUGUAUACAAUAUAUAAAGACUACAAGAUUCUCAGUAAACGACAAUUAAUGCAAUUUCCAAAGAAUCGUCACGCCAGCGAGGUUCGCUUACUUUUAUUUAUUUAAAAUAUUCUCAAUUAUAAAUUUUGUUUUUUUUUCUUUUUUUUGUACAAAGAAGGGAAUUAACCUAUUAAGAAUAAUGUCAGCAUUUAAAAAGUUUUUACUGAGAAAAGCUUUCUUAUUGUUAUUCAAAUUACAAUUGAAAUUUAAUUUCGUCACGUAUGACUCAAAAAAAAUUAUUAUUUACUAAGUCGUAAAGACAAGUCUUAUCCAUUAAGUGAGGCUUAUCUAAUUACCUACUUUUAUCUAUUAAGAAAAACAUCUCUUUUUUCUCUCUGAUUGCUAAUUAAUUUUCGGAAAUUUCUUGUCUACACCCGAUGUACGAAAUUUCCUACCAAUUUCCUUUCUUUGUUGGUUAUAAAAGCUCAUCCUUUCUAAGUUCCUACACGUACUCUUGCACAUUGUAUAAUUCCUUUCGCUUUCAUCAUCAUGGCAAGCUCCUCUCGCACUCUAGAAAUAACAGUUUUAUCAUGUGAAGAUUUACGUAUUGAUGGAAAAUCAGUGAAGAAGAACACGUACGUCGUUGUUAGAACGGACCAUUUAAACUAUCGCACUACAAAGAUCGACACAGAAGGAGGAAGCUAUCCUUCUUGGAAUCAAAAUCUCCUAAUCGAUAUGCCAUUACAUGAACGAUUUGUCACGUUAGAAGUUAAUUGCAAGAUGGCUUCCAGUGACAGAAUCAUUGGGACGGCGAGAAUUCCAGUGACAGAUUUCAUGGGAGGUUAUUUACCAGAUAAUUAUUUGAAUUUCUUGAGUUAUAGGUUGAGAGAUUCAAGAGGUGUGAGAAACGGCAUUGUUAAUAUUUCGGUAAAGGUAAAAUUGCCGGAAUACUUGUCGUCUAAAAAUAAUAAAAAGGUGACCGAAAAUAGUGCAUGCUCUACUGCGUCAAAGCCGCCGCUGAAAAUGCCGAUUGGCGGUGAAAAGAACUUUGGCGUUGUUGCUGGUAUUCCCGUUUGGAAUAUCAAUUAUUUAUAAUUGUUUUUUUCACAUAUUGCGUUUUAAUUAUGUGUAACGUUUUUAUUAUAUCAAAAAGGAAACAAAUCCUAUGAUUAUUCUGUCAA